UUGCAAGCCACAUAGGAGAAAGAUGUUUUCACGCUUGCUCAUCCUCUCUCUGCUGGUGGGGAACACUGUGUCCAGCCCAGUGAGCAGAGCAGAGCCUGCAGCAUCCAGGGACAUCACCCCCUUUUUCCAGCUGGCUCACGAAGACCCUUGGGAGAACGUUAAUCUCACCAGCAUACCCUGUGAGGAUCGCAAGAACAGGACCUGGAUCACCCUGCAGCUGACCAACAGCAGCCUCACGGCUUUCCCUGCCUGCCUUCCAGAGGUACUGGAAACCUUGGAUCUCAGCAACAACCUCUUAGAAGAGAUGAAUGGCACAGAGAUAGCAAACCUCCCACGGCUGCGUGUCCUCUCCUUGCGGCAGAACCAGCUCUGGUCAGUUAGAUGGGGAUCCGAAGCCCUCAGCAGCCUCCUUUCCCUGGAUUUAAGCUUCAACAAGCUGUCAUCUGUGCCAUCAUGCCACAGCUCUGCCCUGCCUAACUUGAGGUGGUUGUCCCUGGCUGGAAAUCCACUGAUUGAAAUCCAGCCUCUGGCUUUCUCCUGUUACCCUCAGCUACAGUUCCUCAACCUCUCUGCAACGCUGCUGGGCCAAGAUGACAGCAGAGGAAUUAGAGAGUCUGCUUUUGCCAUCAGCACAUCUCCCAGUGAGGCCACAAACAGGCCUGGAAACAUCAGCGUGCUUGAUCUGAGCAGGACCUUUCUUGAGAAAAUUCAGCCAGAGUGGACCAGAGACUUGCCCAACCUCAGAUCACUUCACCUGACAAAGAUGUCACAGUUAAGAAGCCUCGAUACUGACUUCUUCAAGUCCAUGCCUGCUCUCCAGGAGCUGAACUGUCAAGACUCCCACUUGCUGGCUUUUGUGCAGACAGAGAUGUUUGACAACGCUCCUCAUCUGAGCCAGCUCUCGUUUGAGAACUGUAACCUGAGUUCCUUUAAUCCUUGGAAUACCAAUUCCUCGGGUAACAUCAUCAUCAACUUGUAUGGAAAUCCUCUGAUAUGCGACUGCCAGCUCUCCUGGCUGCUCUCCAAGCCCAAGAAAGUUGUGCUGCAAAAGGCUUGGGAGACUUUUUGCUACAUAUCCCAGGAAGAUUGGGGCAGACCUUCAACAUCUUUGUCACUGCUAGAGCUCUACAACAAAUGCCAGUCUGAGGGAAACGUUACGCUGCCCGAUUCAAACACACCCUCUCCAGAACAUGAUGCUUUCAGCCUCACCAGUUACAAUGCCACUGCUGUAGUAACAACAACAGAUGCUGCUCAACUAACCCAAGACGCUUAUAUCAGCUCCCUAAUUCAGAUGAAUGUAAUGAGCACAACGGCAGCCAACCCAACUGAGCUGAUGCUCACAAAGGCCAACAGUUCCUCCCACAAGGAGGAGGCAGUUUCCAAAUCCACGAGCACCCAUGAGAAGGAGGCAGUUACUGAAACCAUGAGCACCCACAAGGAGGAGGCAGUUUCCCAAUCCACAAACACCCAUGAGGAGAAGGCAGUUACUGAAUCCAUGAGCACCCACGAGGAGGCAGUUUCCAGAUCCAUGAGCACCCACAAGGAGGAGGUAUCCAUCAGCACCCAAAAGGAGGAGCCAGUUUCUGAACCCAUGAGCAAUUCUCCUUCCUUGGUGUCUGUAACCACCUCCCCGGGUUCUCUCAAACUGUUCUAUGAUCACUCCUCAGAUCAUGGCUCCACGAUUCAAACUGAAACAGACCAGCUAAAGAUAGAGCUCAGAACAACCACCUCAGCGUUUCCCCAGGAAGGCACAUCCAACCAGCCCACUACUGAUUAUUCUACUACAGCAAUGGGAAGCCCCAAUGCCACUGAUCCUAACUCCUUUGCCCUUUAUGUUGAGGAAGGUACAGCACAAACAAGCCUCCCACAGCUGAACUCCACAAGGACCACUACUCGCUCACAGCCUGCAUCCACCAGAUCACUGAUACACUAUGUAGAUGACUAUGACUACGACGAACAGUCAACACAAACCCCAGUGCAAGUGCCAUACACCUCCUGUGACUACAAUCCUUGCAGGCACCUUCAGAAGCCAUGCAGUGAACUUCAGAGAGAAUCCAGAUGUUUAUGCCCUGGCAUGUCGAGGGAGGAUGAGGUUCCUGAUGCACCGAGGCUCAGAGAGGUGUCUGAAGUCACGGACAGCUCUGCACAGAUACGCUGGUGUGCCCCAAAUUCAGUUGUUCACACCUAUGAGCUGAUGUUUCAUGCCCAAGGCAAUGAGGACAGACAGCUCGUUCUGGACAAUAUUUAUUCCACAGCAAGGCAGCACACUCUGUAUAAUCUACUACCAUACACCACUUACCACAUUUGUGUGACUGCUUCCAACAAAGCAGGGUCAAGCCAGACAACAGUGCAGGGAAUUCCAGAUAAUUCAUGCACUAGAUUUAAAACAAAGCCCAGCUACAAGUCUGUCUUUGCUGCUCUGUCUGCAGCAAGUGGACUCUUUCUCAUUUCCACAAUUAUUUUGUCUGUAUGCCUGUGUAAGGCAUGCAAAAAGCCUCAGAGUGAGCAGUAUGGUACACACUUAGUCUCUUAUAAGAACCCAGCAUUUGAUUAUCCUUUAAAACUACAAACCAGUAAUUAGCUCUGGGUCACUGUUCUGCACAUUCCAAGCUCAUUGUCUCUUAUCACCUUGGUAUGUUUGCCUGAGACUCUCCAAACAUCCUUCAGCAAAACUAUGAAACAUCAGACUUCAUAGCCCUUAUGUUUCUAAGGGACAGAAAAACACACAAAAACUAAUAAUGACGGUAGUCAAACAGAAGAAAGUCUUUGGACUCUUGGCCACGUGCUAAGCAGCAGCAAACCUGGACACUCACCUUGAAGAGCUGUAUGAUCACUUACAAAUUCAUCAGCAUGCGUUUCACACAGUCAGAGACUGCUUUGCCAGCUGUCUGCCUCCAGUCUCCCUCAUGGAUACAGUGCUGAGAGCCAUGACCAAGGUGCA